AUUCCCUGAUCGAUCUCGGGCGUAGCUUAGCUCGUUGCUUUCACUUCGCUUCCAACCCGGCCUUGACGGAAGAGAGGGUUGCUAUCAUCAAGAGACGGCACAAGUCUCCUGAACGAUAUACACACAUAUACAGCAACGUUUCAGCUGCAAGCAAUUUUCAGUAUUCCGAUAUGAAGACCACCGCUAUUCUUUGCGCCGUCCUGGCCACCAGUGCCAUCGCUCAGCCUCACCAGCAUGGCCACAAGCGCCAUGUUCACGGCAAACACCAGAAGCGCGCCCUCUUCACCGAGUGGGUCACCGAAGUCGCCUACGUGACCCAGUGGGUUGACUCAACCAGCACCGUCUGGGUUAACCCCGACGCCUCGUCCACCAGCUCUGCAGUCCUUACUACCUCGGCUCCCGCCCAGUUCUUCGAGCCCGCCAACGAGCCGCCUUCUACCACUCUAUCUACUUCUACGAAGCCCGCCCCCGUUGCUUCGUCCAUCAGUGAGCCCGUGUCGCAGGCUCCCCCUCCCCCUCCCCCUCCUCCUCCUCCCACGUCUACUCCGGCCCCUGUGCCCUCUCCUCAGACUCCGACUCCUGAGCCCGUUCAGCCUUCCACUCCCGUCUACGUUGCUCCCGAGCCGGUCCCUACCACCUCUAUUCCUGCGCCCGCUCCUGAACCCGCCACUCCUGCGCCCGCUCCUCAGCCCACCACUCAGGCUGCUGCUCCUGCUGCCUCCCAAGUCAGCACUGAGUCCAGUUCCUCCAGCAGCUCUGGCGGCGUUCUUCACUCCGGUGAUUUGACCUACUACACCGUUGGCAUGGGUGCCUGCGGUGAGGACGAUAGUGGCAAGGACAUGACCGAGAACAUCGUUGCCAUCUCCUACCUCGUCAUGGGUGCCCAGUCCAAUGGCAACCCUUACUGCGGCAAGAAGGUCAAGAUCACCGUCGAUGGCAAGUCCACCACCGCUACUGUCCGCGAUAAGUGCAUGGGCUGCAAGGCGAACGAUAUCGACGUCAGCGAGAAGUGCUUCCUCGAGAUGUUCGACAGUCUCGGCGUCGGCCGUAAGACCGUGGAGUGGUCUUUCAUCAACUAAGAGCUUCACUGCUUGCGUUCUCUCAUUGGAUUACAAAAGGACAGCAACGAAAGAAACUUUGCUUUCGAUGACGUGAUGACAAUAUCUAUAUA